UCAAAUUCAGCAGAAGUCACAGUCAGUCUAUGGGCAGACAUACAGACCAUCUGCUCCACCUGCCAGAAAGCGAGCCAUAUACCAGCAGGGCUUCGAAGAACAACGCUAACCACAAAUCACCCUUGGGAGGGUCCUCACUUCAGCGUGAUAUUGACGUGAGGGGCAAAAAGGAUAUUUUUGUGCAAAAUGCGGAAGUAGUUUUAGAACUUGAGGUUGCGCCUUGGGUGGAGAUGUAUGUUGACUCGUGUUGCAUGUGAAGUAAGAAGAUUGGGUGUUUGUUGUUGAAGAGGAGGCUCAGGGUGAGAAAAUGGAGGAGCACAAUGCUGUCAGCUUCAUGAGACUCUUAUCAGAUGAGAGCACCCAUUCCUCCCUGUCGACGGACUCCUGUGAGUACUACCAGACAGAGAUAUUUGACCAGCUGCCCAGCACCCAGCAGAACAGACAGGGGUUUUCAGAUGUCUGUGAGACCUACCAGGGCAGCCAAGAGCUGGGGGAGAAGCUCAGCAAUGGCCCCCUGUCCAGAGGACCCAGAGACAGGGCGUCAAUGCAGCCACUCAAGAAUCUGGCCAUGUGUAUUCAGGCGAAGCGAGAUGCCAGGGACAGGAGGAAAAUGGAAAUCAGCAAUGUUGGUUUUUGGGAGUCCUGGAGGCAGAGCCAGAGCAUCAACAGGAAAAGGGUGUGGGCGCAGAUGGGAGAAGUUCUGUCAGGGCUGUUGCCAUGGCAGCACACUCUCCACACUAUUGAAGGCAGGUUUGGAGUGGGUGUGAAGUCCUAUUUCGUUUUCCUCAGAUAUCUGAUUUACUUGAACCUGCUACACUGUGCUCUUAUCUGGGGGUUCAUUCUGGGGCCUACAACAUUUUAUGGCAGGAGGAACGGCAGUGAACCUUUGAGGUUUGGGGGCAAUGACUCAGUUUUAGAUUUCCUCCUGGGAUCGGGUUACCUGGAUCGUUCUCCAGUGUUCUAUGGCUUUUACACGCGUGGUUCUCUGAAUUUGCCGUGCUUGAACACACCUCUGCUGUACUUUGCUGGAAUCCUCACCAUCCUCUUCCUAAGUCUCAUCAUGGUGGUCCGCCGAACAACAGUCGGCUACAAGCACACCUGGAUGCUUGGGAAGCGUUACAGUAUGAAUGUGAGCUAUAAGAUCUUCUGUGGCUGGGACUUCACCAUCCAGGACCCCAGUUCAGCAACUCUCAAAUCCAGCUUCAUCAGGAAUGAACUCAAGCUGCUCCUGGAGGAGCAGAAUUUCUCCCUGCGUGAGGCUCAGAGGACCCUCGGACAGAGAGUGCGCCUCUACCUGCUCAGGUUUAUCCUCAACGUGCUCAUCGUGUCCCUGCUGGGUGGAGCCUUCUACCUCAUCUACACCGCCACAGUGAGAUCACAGAAUGACAACGGCAACAGAGACUACCACUUGCUGGUCAGGCUGUUCCUCCAGUACCUUCCUCCCAUCACCAUCACCUUUGUCAACCUGGUCCUCCCUCACAUGUUCCGUAAGAUCUCGUCUUUUGAAGACUACUCCUUCACCACACAGGUCAAUGCCACGCUUGUGAGGAGCAUCUUCUUGAAGCUGGCCUCACUGGGGAUCUACUUAUUUUUCCUUUUCACAAAAACAACACAUCAGGAAUGCAGGGAGAACCAGUUUGGCAGAGAGAUGUACAAGCUGUGCAUUUUCAACUUCCUUGCCACUUUCUGCAACGCCUUUCUUUUGAACUACCCGAGGAAGUUGGUGCAGGAGAAGAACCCUACAUCCUCGCUGGCCCGGUUGCUGGGGAAACAGCGCUUCCUGAUACCGUUCAACGUGUUGGAUCUGGUGUACAGUCAGACAGUAUCCUGGGUGGGGAUCUACUACUGCCCUCUGCUGCCUCUGAUAGGAAUUGUCACACUGGUGCUCACGUUCUACAUCAAAAAGUUCACAGUCCUGCGGUGCUGUGUUGCAGAGCAGCGAAUGUUUCGAGCCUCCAGUUCUUCAGUUUUAUUCCACUUCAUGUUGCUGCUUGGUCUCUUCAUGGCUGCAACCACAGUGGGCGUCAACAUCUACCAAGUCAGAAUGGACAAUACGUCACUCUGUGGUCCAUUUGCAAAUGGAGAAACAGUAUUUAAUGUGACAGGAGUGUGUGUGGACAGUCUACCCAGCCUGGCACAGAGCACUCUCCGCUACCUGGCCUCUGAGGCCUUCGCCCUGCCGCUAAUACUCACUGAAGUUAUAAUCUUAACCUCAUAUGUGUCACGGGGUCGAGCCAAUCAGAGGGCCAUUGAGAGACUGAAAGACAUGCUAGUUAUGACCAGUUCAGAUAAGCGUUUCCUGGUGAAACAGCACACCACACUGCUCAAACAUAAGAAGGACACACACAGAAUCAAUUCUGCGGCCAUCAGAGAGGACGCCCCGCUCAGUUGCUGUGAAGAUCCCCCUCCACCAAUGUAAACUGAUUAAAGUGCUCAAGCUGACAGGCCUGUCUGUCUACACACUUCCACUGAGAUAUAAAGCACUGGUCUGGCUGACCACAGCCUGGAGGCCUUUAGCUGCCUGUAAAUAAAAAGUAAAAGACUGAUGAACUCUUAAUUUUUACAGAUAUACAAAGAUAAGAAGUGUAGGUUUUUUCUGUAACAGGUCACAGUCUUCUUAAUUCAAUCCUCAUAUAAUGUGCUCUCAAAUUUUAAUGUUGGUUUUGAGUGUGUUAAGCUUGGUUUAUGUCAUUUAUAGACACUGUAUAAACUUUUUUCAGUGUAAAUGAAUAUACUCAUAGAUUCAUGGACAUAAUAUCCAUAGUUAUGAUCCAAAAUGUCACUGUAUAUGUAUCCAGUUAAAUGUGAAUGUUUUUCAAAUAUAAAGCUCAUGAAAAUGUU